AUAUACGAUAAUACUGCCUGUUCUAGAAACUACUAAGACUCUCAACACGUGCUACCAGGUUCACUUGACUUCGGCAUUAUAAUCCCGUAGACCUACUCUUAAGCCAAUUGUUUUAAUGGGUUUAUUUUAGUUUCAAUUCUUCAAUAAUUCGACGUACCAUCAGAUGACUACAACAUUUCAAAAAACCUUUGUUAACGUAGAAAGUGCAGUAAUAUAGCUAGGCCUAAUUGCUUAUUAUUAUAAUAUUAUUAAUCUAAUGUUUGUGAGGUGUGUACCAUUCCUGAGUGAAAAUUAUGACGUCUGGGAAGACAUUACAUCACAGAUAGGUUGGAACGUUAUUUAUACCAUUAUGUACAGGAAAAAUAUUACAUAAUGAGUACAUGAGAUUGAUGUUAAAAUCGUGUUCAUGAAAGACAUUAUAUGGCAAGUCCUCAGAAAAAUACCUUGGACUUGAUCUUAGCAAAAUUAAACAAGGACCAGUUGAAGAGAAAGGAACAGAGUGAUCAGCUUUUCAACAACUUUGCAAAAAAAAUCAAAUUCAACCAAUCUCCAGUAAGAGAGACUGUUCCAAAUACCAGUAACUUGCAUGGUACAAGUGAAAAAAGUUCUACGGGCAAAAGUAACUCUGCCCAGUCCACAGAUAACAAGUGCCUAUUGGAUCUGGUAGCUGCUAAAACAGACAAUCUGGCAGCAUUGAAAUGGAAGAAAAUAUCCAAUGAGAAUCUUAAUUUAGAUUAUACAGUGUUAUUCCCACAUUCACUGGCUUGCCAAGUGUUUAAUAGGUUGGAAGAUGAAGUGCAAUAUUUUAGUGGGGACUUACUCAAAGUGCAGAUUUUUGGAAAAUGGCAUACAAUUCCCAGAAAACAAGUAUCCUAUGGAGACCCUGGUUUGUCAUAUAAGUUCUCUGGCAAUUCCAUUCCUGCUUUACCUUGGACACCAUUGAUGCUGGAACUAAGAGAUGUUGUAACCAAGCUAACUGAUCAUACUUAUAACUUUGUGUUAAUCAACAGGUAUAAAGAUGGCAAUGAUCACAUGGGAGAACAUCGUGAUGAUGAAAAAGAUCUAGACCCCAACAGUCCUAUCAUCUCUCUCUCUUUUGGCCAGCCUCGAGAUUUUAUUUUUCGACAUAAAGAUGCACGUGGUAAAAAUGCCCUUAAGAAAAUUGAGCCAGUAAAGUUAGUUUUAGAAAAUGGAUCUUUAUUGGUGAUGAAACCACCAACAAAUAAUUUUUGGUAUCAUUCCCUACCGAUUAGAAAGAGGGCAAUGCAGACCAGAAUUAACUUGACCUUUAGGAAAAUGAUUGUAAAGUAGAUCACAACAAGGUUGUUCAUGGAAUAUGUUGUUUUAUAUUAGCAAAGUGAAACAAUCAUGCUAGGAAGUGCAUACAGUUGGAACAAAGUUAUAACUUUUCUGUAGAAGGCAAGAUGAUAAUGAGAGAGAGAAAAUAUCAUAGUUUGAUAUUAAAGUCUUGUGACGUUCCUUGAUUGGAGUUAAUAUUAACUUUUGAUCACAGCAAACUACUUACAAAAAUAAUAUAUAUAUAUAUAUGUAGUAAUAAACAUAACUAGUUAGUCAUAAUGUUAAGACAAUACUACUUAUAAUGAUCUGAGUGCAUUGUUUCAGCAGUUGGGUGCCCUUGCUGUCAACGAAAUUUUCAUCUGUAUAAAAAUCUUGUCAAAGAGAACAUACAAUUAAAUAUUUCAAAGAAAAAUUACAAGAAAUUGUCACAGCUUUGAAGUAACAGUUUGAUAUCUUGUGAUAUCGAUUUAGCUGCCUAUAUAGGUGUAGUCAAGAUGGUGCCUUUUGUUUAUUGAGGAAAAGAUAGUUAAAUAUUGAGAGUUUAAUUUUAUAAUUACCAUGAAGAAAUUGAUUUUACUCAUCAGAUCUAAGAAAGCUAGUGUGUUAUGUUUUGUUGAUUUCAGUACGUGAUAAGUGUAUUAUACAAGGUAUGUCAAAAGUUAUAGCACUUUUUAUAUUAAAGUGACUCAAAAUUCAAAGUUUGGAUGCAUACUUUGUAAAAAAACUUACAAUAAUUGUUUGAACCAUUUAAUCUGUCAUUUUAUUUGCACCUAAACACACUUCAAAUGGAAUUUUGUUUUGCUAGUUGAACAUUUUCAAGGAAAUAACAGUUUUCCUGGUAGAAGUAUGAAAGGUGCAACAGAGCCAUUGUGGUCAUCCCUUUGAUCUGUGAAAGUGCCACAUUUUGGCCUUUAAAAGACAAGUACCACAAUGCAUUGAAAUCUGUCUUUAUUGGGCCAGCCAUUUAAAGGUUAAUUAAGUAAUUGGUUCUUAGAUUGCUUGCUGAUAUUGGUAAAAAUGGGUUAACUGUACUUUGACUCACCUCUUUAUUGUCUUGUAUAUGAAACAACCAGUUCAAAACAUUGAACAGUAUUUGUUAAUAAGAUAUUCUAAAUUGCUGAUAAGCAUAAAAGAAUGUGCUGUAACUGUAUAAAAAAUAAGUAAAGCUGUGUUGUUAUAUCACCAGUUUCAUAGAAUAUGGCUAUACAUUUUUUCAAAAUUCAGAACUUAAUUGGUCUAAAAAAAUAUUUAAGUCGAGUGUUAUGUUUGUUCUUUGAGCUUCAUUGUGGAAUCACCAAAUAUAUUUUAUAUAAAAAGUUUAUAGAAUUUUUUAACUGAUGUUCCUAUCACCUAAACCAGUGUUCUACAAAUGUAGUAUAUGUAUGAAAGUGUAGUGAUGUUGUUGAAAUGCAAGUAUGUUAAACUUCGGGCAAGUUAAAGUUCCUAUCUUCCGACUCUGUGUCUGUGAUUGAAGAUCAAAUAAAAUGAUUAAUUAAAGA